GGACGGGAGCCCCGCGUGGUGGACACUGCAGCAGUCACUGUGCUGAGGCGCCGGGAGACUUCUGCCUGCAGCUGGGUGCGCUCUCGGCACCCGGGCGUCUUGCCCAGGGCACAGCGGCUGGCGCACCGCGGCGAGCCGGGUGCAGGACUGGCUAGAGGGGUGUGUUCGCGCGUGUUGGACUGGAGAGCCGAGCUAAAGCAGAACCAGGUGGACCUGAGCAGCCAUGCUUCCCGGGGUGGGCGUGUUCGGCACCAGCCUCACCGCCCGAGUCAUCAUCCCACUGCUGAAAGACGAGGGCUUCGCGGUGAAGGCGCUGUGGGGCCGCACGCAGGAGGAAGCGGAGGAGCUGGCCAAGGAGAUGAGCGUUCCCUUCUACACGAGUCGCAUUGACGAGGUGCUGCUGCAUCAGGAUGUGGACUUAGUGUGCAUCAACCUGCCACCGCCCCUCACCAGGCAGAUCGCCGUCAAAACCCUGGGCAUCGGCAAGAACGUCAUCUGCGACCGCACAGCCACGCCCCUGGACGCCUUCCGCAUGAUGUCCGCCGCCCACUACUACCCCAAGCUCAUGAGCAUCAUGGGCAACGUGCUGCGCUUCCUGCCGGCCUUCGUGCGCAUGAAGCAGCUCAUCGAGGAGGGCUACGUUGGCGAGCUGCUGGUGUGCGAGGUGCAAGUGCACAGCGGCAGCCUGCUGGGCAAGAAGUACAACUGGAGCUGCGACGACCUGAUGGGCGGGGGCGGCCUGCACUCGGUGGGCACCUACAUCAUCGACCUGCUCACCUUCCUCACUGGCCAGAAGGCCAUCAAGGUCCACGGGCUGCUCAAGACCUUCGUGAAGCAGACCGACCACAUCAAGGGCAUCCGCCAGAUCACCAGCGACGACUUCUGCACCUUCCAGAUGGUGCUGGAGGGCGGGGUGUGCUGCACGGUCACCCUCAACUUCAACGUGCCCGGCGAGUUCAAGCAGGACGUGACCGUGGUGGGCUCCGCCGGGCGCCUGCUGGCGGUGGGCACGGACCUGUAUGGGCAGCGCAAUAGCGCCCCGGAGCAGGAGCUGCUUCUGCAGGACUCCACGCCCGUCAGCAACUCCCUGCUGCCCGAGAAGGCCUUCAGUGACAUCCCCUCGCCCUACCUGCGUGGCACCAUCAAGAUGAUGCAGGCCGUGCGCCAAGCCUUCCAGGACCAGGACGACAGGCGUACUUGGGACGGACGGCCGCUCACCAUGGCCGCCACCUUCGACGACUGCCUGUACGCCCUGUGCGUGGUAGACACCAUCAAGAGGUCCAGCCAGACGGGCGAGUGGCAGAACAUUGCCAUUAUGACGGAGGAGCCGGACGUGAGCCCCGCCUACCUGAUCAGCGAGGCCAUGCGCCGAAGCAGGAUGUCCCUGUACUGUUAGCACAGACUGGGGACCUAGGGAGACUUGGGCCUUCUGCGUGGGGCCCAGAGUGGUGAAAGGCAUUGGGGAGAGGUGGCUUCCAGGAGUGUGGGGGCGGGGAGGUGGAGGAACAAUGGGAAUAAAUAGCAUCUGGGAAGGUGAACCCCAGCCCAGGUGAGGGACCUCAAAUAAGUCUGUUAGGAUGCUGAGUAAAUAGCGUGGGAGUGUUCAGAGGGCCUCCCUUUCCUGUGAUCAUCUCUGCUGGGUAUUUGCAUGAGAGAAAGGAGGUCUGGCUGCCUCUGCUGCACUUUACUGAGGAGCAAGGAGGGGUGGCUUUCCGCCUCAUCUCAUCCACUCCCCACACUUUGGCCUCCUUUGCAAGCCAAAUGCUCCUGCGAGGUGAAACUCAGCUGGCCCCAGCUCCCUAUCCCAC